UGUCGCAGAUCGGCGCCUUGGAAUGCUUGGCUUCGGGGGCAUACAACCUGCACAACUACAGCCUAUCGGGUAUUUAUUCCUCUAAAUGACCCUAUUCCAUCCAGACAUUUCAAAUACUACAUCCAUAGCAAUCGUCGUUGACUUCAUAGACAAGAUGAGCCCUCACGCAGACUCCCCGGUCGUUCCUCUACAAGCCCCUUCCACACAAGCGCCUUCUUUCCUGCGUGUCUCUGGCACUGACAUCGUCGACGAACAUGGCAUCCGUGUUGUCUUGAAAGGCGCCGCUCUUGCCGGCUUCCUCAACAUGGAGAACUUCAUCACUGGCUAUUCUGGCCAUGAGCACCAAUAUCGCGCUGCCAUGACUGACGUCUUGGGCAAAGAGAAAGCCGAAUACUUCAGUGAUCGCCUCAUCCACUACUUCUUUAAUGAAGAUGACGCCCAGUACUACGCAUCCACGGGAUUGAACUGCGUUCGCCUGCCCUUCAACUACCGACACUUCAUCGACGACCAGAACCCUCAUGUCAUCAAACAAUCCGGCUUCGAGCGUCUCAACAGAAUCGUCGAAAUAUGUCGCAAAUUCAACCUCUACGUCAUUCUAGACCUGCACGCCGCGCCUGGCGGCCAGAACCAAGACUGGCAUUCAGACAACGGUCUCCCACACGCCAGCUUCUGGGACUUCCGACUCCUCCAGGACCAAAUCAUCGACCUUUGGGUCGCCAUCGCAAAGCACUAUGCCUCCGACCCCAUAAUUGCCGGCUAUAACCCUCUCAACGAGCCCUCGGACCCCGAACACAUCCGGCUCAUCCAGUGGUACGACCGAGCCCACGAGGCCAUCCGCGCCGUCGACCCAAAUCACAUUCUCUUCCUCGACGCCAACACCUACUCCAUGGACUUCUCGCACUUCGACCACGUCCUUCCCAAUACCGUCUACUCCUGCCACGACUAUUCGAACAUGGGAUUCCCGGUUCCCGGCCAACCUCCAUAUACCGGCACAGAGCAGCAAAAAACGAAGCUCCGCGCCCAGCUCGACCGCAAGACCGCCUUCAUGCGCGAUUGGAACGUCCCCAUCUGGAACGGCGAGUUCGGACCCGUUUACCCAGACCCUGCAAAAGACUCCGACGCAAACGCCACCAUGACAUCCCGCAUCGCUCUCCUCCGCGAACAGCUCACCAUCUACGCCGGUCAGAACAUCAGCUGGAACAUCUGGCUCUACAAAGACAUCGGAUACCAGGGCAUGGUAUACCUCGACCCGGAUACGCCGUACAUGAAGCUCAUCGCACCCUUCGUGGAGAAGAAGCAGCGUCUAGGUCUCGAUUUUUGGGGCUGUACGGAUAAAGAGGGUGUGAAGGAUAUAUAUGAGCCGUUUAUUGAAGGGUUGAAGAAGAUGAUUCCCGCACAUUUGCUAAAGAAGAAGUAUCCGCCUGUCUGGACGUUUGAUCGUCAGGUCGAGAGGGCUGUGAGGGAGUGUUUGAUGAGUGAGUAUAUGGUUUGGGAGUUUGCGGAGCUCUUCGAGGGGAAGAGUAUGGAUGAGCUGGAGGAAUUGGCUGCUUCGUUUGCGUUUAAGAAUUGCGUUAAGAGGAAUGCGUUGACGAAGACGUUGAUGGAGGAUGCGAACAGGGGUUCGAUUUGAAGUCCACCAAGACUUGUAUGGUCAGGAAGCCGAGACUCGUUUGAGGACGGCGACUAUCACUAGCUAUGCAUAAUUCCAGAUA